AUCUCACGUGUAGCCAGCACCGAGCCUGUGAUCUCUGGCCGAAGUACCAGUCUGGCGGUUUCACCCGAAGUACACAGCGAGGCUGAGCCUAGUGCCCGUCGGAGUGCCGAUUCUCUCUCCAUCCCAGUGAUGGACCGACCUUUAAGUGGCUUGCAGAGUGGACCUGGCCACAGUUCUGCUGGCCUCGUUCGAGAGCGUCAUUUACCCAUCCGGUCGGCUCGGCCUCGUGCCUCAGCCGUCAGGCCAAGCGGAUGGAGACGGUCUCGACAGGCGGUACAUCGGAACAUGCCCAGACUGACGGGCGAGCUCGAGUGGGCGUCUGAACUGCAUCGUCGUUUAACUCAGGCAAUGGAGUUGGCCGAAUCAUUGGACUAUCCGUAA